AUGAUAGUCAUGUCUCUGUACAGAAACACCGUGUGGUUCCUGAAGGGGCUCCGGGAGUACACCAAAGGUGGAUAUGAGUCUGCAGCCAAGUACUUUGUGACAGAAGAUUUGCAAGUUGAUGUUACAGGAAAAUCCUAUAUGAUCACUGGAGCAAAUAGUGGGAUCGGAAAAGCAGCUGCUUUGGCCAUAGCUAAAAGAGGUGGUACUGUUCACCUGGUAUGCAGAAACAAGGACAGAGCAGAAGAAGCAAAAAAGGAGAUAAUUACAAACAGUGGGAAUGAGAGUGUCUUGGUACACCUGUUGGAUAUGUCUAAUCCAAAAGAAAUCUGGGAAUUUGCUGAUAAGUUUAAGACUGAGAACAGACUCCAUGUACUGAUAAACAAUGCUGGUUGUAUGGUGAAUAAAAGAGAAUUAACAGAAGAUGGAAUAGAAAAGAACUUUGCAACAAAUGUCCUGGGUACCUAUAUUCUCACUAGAGCAUUGUUGCCUGUACUGGAGAAUGAAGAAGGUGCCAGGGUGGUGACGGUCUCUUCGGGUGGUAUGCUGGUUCAAAAACUGGACGUGUCUGACCUGCAGCUUGAAAAGGGCACAUUUGAUGGAACAAUGGCAUACGCACACAAUAAGAGGCAGCAGGUGAUACUGACCGAGCAGUGGGCCAAAGCAUACCCGAAGAUUCACUUUUCUGUAAUGCACCCAGGCUGGGCAGACACACCAGCUGUAAGGUUAUCAAUGCCAGACUUCUAUGAAAAAAUGAAGAACAGAUUACGCACUGAAGAACAAGGAGCAGACACAGUGGUGUGGCUCGCCAUAUCUGCUGCUGCAAUCAAACAUCCAAGUGGACUCUUCUUCCAAGAUCGUAAACCUGUUUCUAGCCAUUUACCCCUGGCCAGCACACACUCCUCCACUGACGAUGAGCAGAAGUUUCUUCAGAUUCUACAAGAUAUGGCACUGAAAUUUGCUCCAUCAUCCAAGCUAUAG